GCAAGCCACGAGGGGAGGAGGGAUCCUAUAAAAGGAACGGGAGGAAUGUGCAGAGAUGACUUGCCGGCCUCCCUCCUACAGGCGCACAGCUGUAGGUGAUGACGCGGAGGCCAGCAGAAGUGACGGCAGACCCUUGAGACGCUCCCGUGGAAGCGUGGAGUCCACUUGUCCCCAGGCCCUGGGGGCCCACCAACACCCCUUUUGUUUUCUGUGCCUGUUUGCUGCCAUCAGCCCCUCCUGCAGACAGGCCUGAGCUGGGCUGCUGGUCUCCCCUGCAUCGGUGAGCAGCAGAGCUAGCCAAGAAGACCAGAGGCGCUGAGCCCCAGAGACCACACACCCCAGCUCUCUGAGCAGACAGUCAUGUCGACGUACUACAGGGCUUUGAAGUUCAGGAGGCAUGCUCCAACCUCUACUCAACACCACCCAAAGGAAGACAUGAACUUCCAUCAGCAGCCACCAGGGCUACCGGGCGCAGCACUGGGGCAGACAAUGAGUCCCCCACCCUGGCAGAUGGGAGAGAGCAACCCGGACUUCCUUCCCAACAACUUCAAUCAGCUGAAUUUGGACCCUCAGCAGCCAGAAGCAGACGGGGGCCAACAGAGGUCAAAGGGGCCCGAAAACAACCUGUACAGAAAGUACGAGGAGAAGGUGCGGCCCUGCAUUGACCUCAUCGACUCCCUGCGGGCCCUGGGCGUGGAGCAGGACCUGGCCUUGCCCGCCAUUGCCGUCAUUGGGGACCAGAGCUCAGGCAAGAGCUCCGUGCUGGAGGCUCUGUCGGGGGUCGCCCUCCCCAGGGGCAGCGGAAUCAUCACCCGGUGUCCACUGGUGCUGAAACUGACAAAGCGGGAGUGUGAAUGGACGGGGAAAAUCACCUACCGCAACGUGACGCAGCAGCUACACAACCCCUCCGAGGUGGAGCGGGAGAUUCGCAGAGCCCAGAACAUCAUAGCUGGGAAUGGAGUUGGCAUCAGCCAUGAGCUCAUUAAUCUGGAGGUCACCUCCCCUGAGGUCCCAGAUCUGACCCUCAUUGACCUUCCCGGCAUCACCAGGGUGGCUGUGGAAAACCAGCCACAAGACAUCGGACUGCAGAUCAAGGCACUCAUCAAAACGUACAUCCAGAGGCAGGAGACCAUCAACUUGGUGGUAGUCCCCUGCAACGUGGACAUCGCCACCACGGAGGCACUGAGCAUGGCCCAGGAGGUGGACCCCGAUGGAGACAGGACCAUAGGGAUCCUGACCAAACCAGACCUGGUGGACAAGGGCACCGAGAAAGGUGUCCUGAAGGUCAUGCAGAACCUCACCUAUCAUCUCAAGAAGGGGUAUAUGAUCGUGAAGUGCCGGGGCCAGCAGGAUAUCACCAACAAGCUGAGCUUGGCAGAGGCAACCAGGAAAGAAGUAAUGUUCUUUCAGACACAUCCGUAUUUCAGAGUUCUUCUGGAUGAAGGAAAGGCCACGGUGCCUCUUCUGGCAGAAAGACUUACCACCGAGCUCAUCUGGCACAUCAAUAAAUCGCUCCCCUUGUUAGAAAACCAAAUAAAGGAGAAACACCAGAGGGCGACAGAGGAGCUGCAGCAGUACGGGGACGACAUUCCCAGCGAUGAAGGGGAUAAAAUGUUCUUCCUCAUCGAGAAAAUUAAGGUAUUUAAUGAGGACAUUGAAAAGUUAAUAGAAGGAGAAGAAAUUGUAAUAGAGACAGAGUCUCGCUUAUGUAACAGAAUCAGAGAGGAGUUUACAAGAUGGGUACUCAUACUUACCACCAAUAUCGAAAAAGUUAAAAGUAUCCUUAACGAAGAAGUCUCAAAAUAUGAAAAGAAGUAUCGAGGCAAAGAACUUCUUGGAUUUGUCAAUUAUAAGACGUUUGAGACUGUCGUGAAGCACUACCUGGGACAACUGAUAGACCCAGCACUCAAGAUGCUCCAAAAGGCCAUGGAAAUUAUCUGGCAAACUUUCAAGGACACAGCCAAAAAGCAUUUUGCUGAAUUUUGCAAUCUGCAUCAAACAGUCCAGAACAAGAUCGAAGACAUAAAAACAAAACAAAUGGCAGAAGCAGCAAAUCUGAUCCAACUUCAGUUCAGGAUGGAGAAGCUGGUUUUUUGUCAAGACCAGAUUUACGGCGUGGUUCUGAACAAAGUCCGAGAAGAGAUUUUUAAUUCCGUGGGAAAGGCUUCAGAGAAUCCUCAGUCAAAGCAUCCCUUUUUAAAUAAUCAGUCUUCAGUUUCCUCCAUCGUUGAGAUUGGGGUCCACCUGAAUGCAUAUUUCACGGAAACCAGCAAACGGCUCGCCAAUCAGAUCCCGUUCAUCAUUCAGUAUUUUAUGCUCCAAGAGAAUGGUGAUAAGGUGCAGAAAGCCAUGAUGCAGCUUCUGCAGGAGACACAGCACUAUUCCUGGCUGCUUCAGGAGCAGAGUGAUACAGCUACCAAGAGGAAAUUCCUGAAGGAGAAGAUUUUUCGGCUGACUCAGGCACAGCAAGCUCUCUACGAAUUCCCCCAUUUCAAAGGCAUAUGAGGAUGAGAUGGCUGGAUGGCAUCACGGACUCGAUGGACGUGAGUCUGAGUGAACUCCGGGAGUUGGUGAUGGACAGAGAGGCCUGGCGUGCUGCGAUUCAUGGGGUCGCAAAGAGUUGGACAUGACUGAGCGACUGAACUGAACUGAACCACCUUUUUGCUCAUUUCUGUUGUACAUGACAGUCCAGACUUGACCGUGUAGGCACAAGAAAACUCGCCUGCCUGAAGUGGAGCUGAUGAUGGAAGUGUGACGUCUGUUCAAGAAAGAGGAAGAAAGUCGUCUUUUGCCCCUCUCCACUUUUCCUUUGAUUAUGAAACUGGAGCCCACUAAUUUCUUUAAGUGCAGCACCCUCUUACCUGCCUGCUUAUAAGUCAUAUAAACUUCAUAUUCUAAUAAAUCACUUCAUAUCUAUC